AUAUAUAUUAUUUUUUAUUUUUUAUAUUAAGGAGCCAGGAACUGGUCAAGCAGCAUAUUUGUUAAGAUUUCAAUAUCUUUGGGCAGCAGAGAUUUCUUUUUGAAGUGGGAUUAUCUGAAGUACCAGCUUUGCUUUGUACAGUGCUCUUUGCUUUGCUUGUGAUCUGAAUCAAAAAUAGCUCUGUUGGAGGCUUUCAGUGUCAUGUUUUCUUGAUCUUUUGAACUGGGUCUGAGCUAUUUCAUCUGUAUAUUUAUUGGAGGAUUUGGUUCUGAAGAUAUUUGGAAUUCCUUUUUCAUUCUCUAUUUAGGUCAUGUCAGGGAACUGUGGUUCAAUUGUGUAAGGGUUUUUGGAGAUUACUGGACAGAGGUUUGGAAAAAGAACAAUUUUUAGGUUGUGUAACAGUGGUGGGGUUGAUGAUUUUUGGUAUUGUUAACUAUGGGUUUAGGUGUUGAUGGUGUAAAGGGGGAGUCUUGGGAGGUAGAGAAAUCAAAGGGAAGGAAGAAAAAAGAAGGGGAAGAGGAGGAGAGUGGUUGUUGGAUAAAGUUGAGGUUUAUUGGUAGCUGUAUUUCUUCAAGAUCUAAAGUUGAUAGCUCCAUCAGUGGCAUCAGCACUCACUGCGAAAGUAAAUCCACAAAUGAUACAAGCAUAGACCAGACUGUUGCUCCAAUUAUUUCUUCCACGACCACAAGUAAUGCAGAAAGUAAUGCUUCCACCUCCAAGCUCGAAGAGGAACUUAAAGUGUUUUCACGGCUUCGGAAGUUCGCAUUCAAUGAUUUGAAGCUGGCCACUAGAAACUUCAGACCAGAAUCCCUUCUUGGUGAAGGAGGUUUUGGCUGCGUCUUCAAGGGGUGGAUUGAAGAGAAUGGGACAGCACCUGUUAAACCAGGGACAGGGCUUACAGUUGCUGUGAAAACUCUAAAUCAUGAUGGGCUUCAGGGUCACAAAGAAUGGCUGGCUGAAGUAAAUUUUCUUGGUGACCUCAUUCAUCCCAAUCUAGUUAAACUGAUUGGUUAUUGUAUUGAAGAUGAUCAAAGGCUGCUAGUUUAUGAAUUUAUGCCUCGAGGAAGCUUGGAGAACCAUCUGUUCAGAAGGUCCCUGCCUCUUCCAUGGUCCAUCCGGAUGAAGAUAGCUCUGGGUGCUGCAAAAGGUCUUGCUUUUCUUCAUGAGGAAGCAAAAAGACCAGUGAUAUACCGUGAUUUCAAAACAUCCAACAUUCUGCUAGAUGCGGAUUACAAUGCCAAACUUUCUGAUUUUGGACUUGCCAAAGACGGUCCAGAGGGCGACAAGACCCAUGUUUCUACUCGUGUCAUGGGAACAUAUGGAUAUGCAGCUCCAGAGUAUGUUAUGACAGGACAUUUGACAUCAAAGAGUGAUGUCUACAGUUUUGGUGUAGUUCUGCUUGAAAUGAUGACAGGUAGGAGGUCAAUGGACAAGAACCGGCCAACUGGGGAGCAUAACCUUGUUGAGUGGGCACGGCCACAUUUGGGUGAAAGAAGAAGGUUUUAUAAAUUAAUAGAUCCUAGACUUGAAGGUCAUUUUUCUAUAAAAGGUGCGCAGAAAGCUGCACAGUUAGCUGCUCGAUGCCUUAGCCGGGAUUCCAAAGCUAGACCUAUGAUGAGUGAAGUGGUUGAAGCCUUGAAGCCUUUGCCGAACCUCAAGGACAUGGCCAGCUCCUCAUACUAUUUUCAGACCAUGCAAGCUGACCGAAUUGGAUCAAGCCCAAAUACAAGAAAUGGCCUUAAAACGCAGGGAUCAUUCUCAAGGAAUGGACAACAGCAACCAAGAAGUCUUUCAAUUCCAAAUGGUUCUCAUGCUUCUCCAUACCGUCAUCAACCUCCUCAGAAUUCACCAAAGCCAAAUGGCGAAGCAUAGAAUUGGAUUGGCAGAAAUCUGUUUCUAUCAUUCUUUCAUAUCGCCCUCCAUAUAUUUUGUUGGCCCACAUUUAUCCUUGGAUGACUGGCAAGGAAAUAGGAGUACACAUUUUACAUGAUGUAGUGAUCUUUGAGAGUGCUAAACUCCUACUUGAAAAGAAUGUAGCAAAAGCACCAUGGAGUAAAUAUAUUUCUGUCGUAGGGGGAAUUUGUAAUUGUCACUGAUUCAAUUCCUCAGAAAAAGGGUAAAUUUUUUGUUAAUUGCAGCUUCAUAUAGUGGAGUGUAGCAAGUAUAUCAAUUGUUGAACUGCAGUCGUCAUGUCUUAGCAGAUAGUAGUAUACUUUUGUUUGUUCUUUUCGUUACUUUACCGUUCUGGUUUGACAGUUGAGCAACAUUCUUUAUUGAAGGCAAUUUUUGUACUGAGAUCAA